ACUUUGUAAACGGAAACGUUUAUUUUGAUGACUGAAGAAAAAUUGCAUGCUUUAAAUAUUAUUUUUGUUUAGAGUGUAUUGAAUUGACACAAAAUAAAUCUAACUUAUCAAGAAAUUAAAUAAAUGUAGAUGACAAUGACUGAGGAAACACAACAAUCUGAGACAGUCGCACAAAAUGAGGCACAAACUAGUUCUCCAGAUGUUGGAAAAGUUAAAGAUAAUAAAAAAGAAAAAUGUCGACCUAUGACGAAGGUAGUAAUACGGAGAUUACCUCCAACUAUGACUCAAGAACAAUUCUUAGAACAAGUUUCUCCAUUGCCGGAACAUGACUAUCUUUAUUUUGUAAAAGCUGACAUGUCUAUGGGUCAAUAUGCUUUCUCCCGUGCUUAUAUUAACUUUGUAGAGCAACAAGAUAUUUUUAUGUUCAGAGAAAAAUUUGAUAAUUAUGUAUUUGUUGACUCUAAAGGCACAGAAUAUCCAGCAGUAGUAGAAUUUGCACCUUUCCAAAGGUUGCCAAAAAAAAGAAUAGGGAAAAAGAAAGAUUUGAAAUGUGGUACAAUAGAAUCAGAUCCUUAUUAUGUAAGUUUCUUAGAAAGUCUUAAGAAUCAAGAUGCUGAAUCUAAUGUAUCACAGCCAAAAACAGAAUACUCAUAUCAACCACCUGAUAAUACACCAAAAAAAGUUACAACCACACCUCUUUUGGAGUAUGUAAAACAACGUAAACAAGAAAAACAACGUCUUAGAGAUGAGAAACGUGAAGAAAGACGACGAAGAGAUUUAGAAAGGAGACGAACAAAGGAAGAUCCUAUUAUAUCUAAGGUUUUGAAAAAUCCAGAUCUUGAUAAAGAAAUGUGUAAAGAUAAUAAAGAAAAUAGAGAGGAAAAGGAUAAACUUUCACCCAAAGACAUCAAAAACCGUAUUAAGAAAGAGGAUAAAUUACGUGACAAGGUACCGCGUGAUCGAGAUUCUAAAAGAAUUGAAGAUAGAAAUAAAGAUAGAGAUAUAAAACAUCAAAGACGACACGAAGAGAAGAAGAUAUAUGGAAGACGUGAUGAAAGAGAGGGUAUAAAAGAUGAUAAAAGAUUUGAUGGGAAAGAUGAGAGAAAAUAUGAUUUUAAAGAAGAGUUUAAAGAUUCUAGGGAACGAAAAAUUGAGGAGAAACGAGGUAAAAGUUAUGAAAAAAUGAGGCAAGAAAAAAAAAGGCUUGCAGAAACUAAAAAACAAAAUGUAGAAUUUAAUGUCGAUACAGAAAGUAGUCCAAAAUUAAGAAGCGAGGAUGAAGAAUUUCAGAAGAAGGAAUCUCAAGUUGAUUUAUAUGAGAAUAUUAAAGAAAAUGAAGAACCUAUGGAUGAUAAAGAAGAUAUUGAGAAUAGUAAGGGAAAAGAAAAACAAGAAACCUAUGAAAGAAAAGUUCUAAUAGAAGAUUCUGUGCAAGAUUUUGAGACAAAAGAACAGAAAAGGACAGAAACUAUAUUAACGACUGUUGAAAGCAAUAAAGAAGUUGAAAAGUCAAAAUCUAAUGAAGAUAUUAAUAAAGAAACUAAUGAAGAUGAUGAAUCUGAAGAAAAAAAAGAUUCAAAAGUCACAAAGAGGCGUAAUUCACUUGAAAGUGGAGGCGAAGGUGGUACAGGCGAUGGAAAUUGUUUGAGAAGGCACAAAUCUUUAGAUGGAGGAGAUCAAAAUAAUCUACAAAAGACUGAAAAUGAUGACAAAGAAAAAGAUAAAAAAGAUCCACGAUUAGAACGUCGAAUUAGAAACAAGGAUCGUCCUACCAUGGAAAUUUAUCGUCCUGGAAUGGGAAAAUUUAGUAAACAAAGAUUAGAACGAGAAAAAUCUAAUACUAAUGACGAGCGAGCGUCGCUUUCGCAAAGUCCUACUCCAAAUCCUAAUUCUAAUAGUCUUUGUAAAUCAGGGAAGCCUGGAACAGAAGUACGUUCUAUGACGUUUAAACGUAGUAUUAGUCGUGAUUUGGUAUAACAAUUGUUAAAUGUAAAUCUCUUCCUAAUAUUAGUGAUACAUGUGUCGAAACUGUAUUAACAUAUAAGAUUUUUACACUAGUCUUUCUCACGACGUACAAUAUCACAUAGUGUAUCUAUUGUACACAAAUGCAUAAUAAAAUACAGUGUUCUCCUUACGACUGGAAAAUCCAUGUA